UUCUUCCUUAUUUUAGCAUGGUUAGCAUUUUUAUGAAACUAAAUUGCAUUCUUAUCACGUCUGGAAUAUUUGCAUAAAAUUAGUGAUGAAUAUUGAAUAAAUUGAACAAUUUCCUUUAUAGUGUUUUAGUAAUAUAGAAGAUAUGAAAUAAUUCCAUUUUCCCCAUACUCUAAUAUAGCUAAAGCACAACAGAAACGAUGGCGUGCAGGGGUAGUUUCCAAGGGGUUGCAAGCAUCAGACGAUAGGUGGUGCCACGGUGGUGCACCCCCAAGUAUCCCCGUAUUCUAAUUCCCGUUACUACGUUCAGUACUAAACUCGGAAAUGUCAAAGAGCUAGCUGUGUUAACAUACUCGUGCGUUAUGCGGUUACAGUAAAAAAUUUACGUUCAGUUAUAAGAAAUUAUUUACAGAUUUAGAAAUGAUUUUACGGAGAACUGUAUCGGCAAAGUUGAAUAAAUCUUUGUACAUUCCGUACGGAGGCAUAGCUGAUGUAUGACAGGUGUCACGAUGACUCAUUAGGGAGUGCGUGCUUUGCUUAACGUUACUCUGGUAAGAAAUCACUAAUAUCCGCGUAGAACUUAGGAAUAUUGAUCUACAUUGAGCUAAAGAGGUUUGAGAAUUUUACCUCAAAUGUAUGAUGUGCGAAAGUUCUUCGGAUGCCAGAAAUACAGACGCGGAAGUAGUGGAAAAUCCUGGGCUGCUUCAGACUAUUAAUGGACCUUUGACUGAUGAAAAAUCAUUGAAAGAAAUUUAUGAGACCCUAGUAAGUCAUAAAUUUGAAGAUACCGCUAAAAGUCUUAUGCGCGAGGCGACAAAAUUGGGUUUCCAUCGAUUUAAUGAAGAUUCACGCUACAAAAAUGAUUCUGUCAAGUUCACUAGGGAACAAAUUAUGUCAUACAUUCAACCGGAGAAGUGGAGAGAAUUUGUUGAGGUAUGGAAUUCUAUACAGGUGAUCUUCAAAUUACAUAAAACUAAAAGCGUAAAUACCGCGGAAAAUAUAAACGAGGUUUGCAAUUACUGUCUUUUUUUUUUAAAUUUGAUUCAGGUACCUGGUACAAGUGUGGAGGAAUCAACCCCGCAUACUUUUAAUAAAAAUUGUAUAAGUGAGCUCAUAUUAGGUUUUCAGGAGUUUGUUAAAAAUCAAAACAAUAACGGUGAUCAGGUACAUAGCAAUGAACGGAAUGAUACGCCAAAGAAGGAAGAAGAAUCUGAAGAAAAUUUGGUAAACGUAGAAAAAAAUAUAUCAGCAGGCGACAAUAUAGGGCUGGCCAAACAGAGCGAGUUGGAAACAUCACAAUCGGUACCAUCUAGUUCUGUAAUCUCAAAAAACACGGAAUUAAAUAGAAAAUGUUCACAUGAACGUGCAAUAAAUGAUGUGGAAACAAGUGUUGCUUCCACGGAGAAAACGCAAUUGCUUGUAACAGAUGAUGACUUCAUUGAAUUACUCAAAUUUCACGAUAACAAUGUAUUAAGAGCUAUACCCUCAAAGAGUGUGCAAACACGUAUCAGUGCAGUGAAAUCAGCAAAAGACUUUCUUCUUGCCUGUGACUUGAAUCGUCCAGCAAAUAUCAUUCGUUCGGGAACAUUAAUUAAACAUCCACUAGUGUCCAAUCCAUAUGCUCAAGAAUUAACUUUAAUGAGAUCUCACUUGUACAAUACCCGGCGUAAUUACCAAAAAUUGAAACUGAGAUUUCACAAGAUACACGCAGAUUACCACAAAUUGCGUAGAAUCGCCGGAGAAUUGGCCACUGUGCUUGAAAGUUCAGUACGUGGAGAAUCAGUUGACAUGCAAGCUAUGUUGAAUACAUGCUUUGAGAUAUUCACAGAUUUAUUCAACCAGAAUGUUAGAGAUGAAGCGGAUGUAAGUUUAGAAAUUAGCCAUUACACUCAUCAAAGCAUUGAUGCAUCGUCCGCACCAAGAUCUCUUCUCUAUAUCGCCCCAUUGUCACCUAAACUUUUGGAUUUCAAGAAAAUUAAGCUGCAUUUAAUUACAGAAAAUACGAAAACUAGAGUCCUAUUGCUACAAGCAUUACGUCAGAAGAUUACAUUAAGUCAACCUGCUGAAAGAGACGAAGCUGUUUAUCAAUACACAUGUAGCGAUAUAUUGGGGCUCCACGGACACAUCGUUAGUGAUAGCUGCAAAUCAAUUUUGCCAUGUCUAUUAAUUACAAAAGAUAUCAUUUUGCCAUGUCUUGUACAACAAUCAACCGCAAGAUUACUGAAUGCUCUUGCUUCACUAAGGUGUGGUCGUGAUUAUUUAGCUGCUGGACCUGCUGUACUUAAUUCGGUUAUCAGAUGUUUGGAUAAGAGUGAUGAUGAGGCUUCGGAUCCAGUUGUAUGCGACAUGCUACUUGCAAUGUUACAGAAAUUAUCCUUAAGGAAACAGCAAAGAUUGUACAUGAUAGAAGUUGGUCUGGUAGAAUGGCUGAUAUAUCAUUUAAAUACCGAAGGGCAUAAAAUUGGGUCAUAUAGGUUUGAAUAUUCCUCAGCUCUUUUAAUGAAUCUGUCGUUGCAUAAGCAAGCGAGGAUAAAAGCUGCAGCAAUAGCAAUGCUGGUCAUUUCGACAUUAACCAUGCUUUUGUCAACGAAACAUUUAAGUGCCUUGUCAUACAUAAAUGGCGCCUUGAGUAAUUUUUUAUUAAAUGAUGAAAUAAAUGAGGAAGCGAAGAGAAUUGGUAUUACUUCCGUCCUGGAGUAUCACCGUAAACAUACUUCUGAUGAAAUAAGAAAUCAUCUGAACCACAUCUUAGCUAUACACAGACGUGAUUCUGGAAAUAAUACAAGAAAUGAUGACAGUGUGGACGAUGACGAUAAUGAAGAAAUGGAUGUAUUGGAAGAUGAAUUGGAGGAAGGUGAUCCAGUGAGAGUACAAACAGGAGAAUUAUGUGGUGAAGCAUUACUUUCUACGUGUUAUUCCAUCAUCUCUAGUUCUGUAGAACAACCAAUCAUUGCAUCAAAUACACACACACCGAAAACCCCGAAAUUGUGUUCACGAUCUCUCGGUAUAAAAAGUCCAAUGCAAGUACAAGAUGAUUUGAAGAAUGUUCAUCAUAUUAAUCAAUUACCAUCGUACAAUACGGGAUUAACUCCAAGAUUAACAGUUUUAAGUAACAAGUAUCGACUACACCUUGUUCAAACUGCUCCCGAAAAAGAUGUAAGCAACUCAAGUUCAUUGUCGAACGUUACUCAAGUGAGCUCUGCUAUUCGGAAGGUGAAUCAGAAUUUUGAACCACUAGUGGACUUCAAAUUCCGUCAAAGUGAACGUGAUAAUAACAUGUCCAAAUUGAAUGCUUCGAGCGAAUCGCUCAAAGACAAUAAAAAAACUAUGUCGGAAGUAGAGAAAAGUGUUAAAAAUCAUGUAAAUGUUUCCACAUCGUCUGCACAUAUUUUCGUGGUAGAAUCAUUCAAAAACAAUUCAAAAGGCGGUUCAAGUAAAGCACAGGCUGAAUGGAGAAAUCUGUAUGAGUCUCAAACAAAGCAUAGAACAAUAAAAUCAAAACAUAAUGAAUGCAUAUACAUAAAUGGUAAUAAUACCGCAUUGUCAUUAUCGGGAAAGAAACAAGCAUCUCCCAGAGAAACGACAAGUUCCUCUUCGGAAAAGAAACAUCCGACGAGUUUCACCGCUAGUCAGGAUUCUAAGGAGAGUAGUAAGGUUGCCAUGAACUCGUCUACGACCCUGGCAUCUGCUCGUGAAAGUGUAACGGAAGUCACGGGCAUAUUGAGCAGUAUCGCGUCACUGGAACAAGAAAAUCGGGUAGCUAGUUCAUCGGGUCAAUUAAAGGACUCUGGGGAUAUGGAAGAGGACGUGUUUAGGGCAAAACCAAAAAUAUUGCGAACCCCACCGCAAACCACACGAUCAAGGAAUUCUACGGGGACGAACAAGAUUGAACCAGCACGUCUAACUUCCGCUAACAAUUAA